AUGAGACACGGGCCGACAGGUCCGAGCACAAAGAAGGAACAAAGGAACAUCGCUCAGACGGUAUUCAACACGGUCGGGUACCACAGCUCGAGCACUCUGCGCCUGACAGUACCUCGUUGCUCGCCGUGCCCUUAUACCUCCGCUGGACUGGCACUACACAUCAGCAGGAACCAGUCUCCGAGAGAAGAGGGCAAUAGUAAUGCUGGACAUCGCUUCAACUACGCCGACGAGCGCGAAGCGACGAGAAAGAAGGCGGCCAACCGUGAGCAACGCAAGCACCAGAUGACCACAAUCAAAAGAGCCGCGGCCGUGCCAUCCCUUCAUCUGGCCAUCGACUACCAUGUUCGACCCGGGUCUUCGCAGCUCUCCCGCGCCCUUCGCGCCUAUCACGACCUCGCUGCUGGCCGUGCCUGCAUCGCCCCCCUCGACUGGCAGCUGCGACUUUCCCCUGAGACGAUCGAGUCGGCAGGCCGUGCUCUCGUCGAUGGCGCCACGCCCAUGGGACGCGCUCUCCUCAGCGCCCUCGAGCAUGGUGGGUUUGCGGCCGUUGAGGAUGUCAGCUUCUGGCGAUCGAUGGCAGGCGAGUCAAGCAACGCCAAGAUUGGCCAGCAGACGGGCGAGGAGAUGAUGCGGCCAGCGGUAUACGUGCGAUCAGAGCUGGACGAAGUUGCGCUCAAAGGGGUCUACACUGUUCGCGCCGCCUUUAACUUCUUCCGCUUCAUUGAGCAUCUCUGCACGAUACUGCUGGACGCUUCUACAGGCUGCCGUUACGCGUACGAGAGCUCGAGGCAGUCCACCACGGUCCUGACCUGGUCACUUUGGGAGGGAGAGACGGCAACGGGGACGAGCGUGGAGGCGUGGACGCAGCGCGCCAUCAUCGAGGGUCUCUGGGCUCUGCUGCUGUGCUCUUACACGCGCAGCCUGGCGUACCUGCUCUUCCGCCGCCAAUACGGCCUGUUGGAGUGCUCAACGAGCGUGCGUGGGUGCAACGGCACCGAGUGCUUCGAGGCGCCAGAGUCGUGGAAGCCUCCCACACACGGGCGAGAUGGGGGCGUUCGCGACCGCCUCUUGCUGAUGGUCACCCGGCGCGCCACGCACUACAACAUGCGCAUGUUCGCGGCUCAAGGCGCAGGAAACGGUCUCGACCACGCCUGCUCGCUCGCGAAGUACCAAGCUACACAGCUUGUACAGAGCGGCAUGUUUGCGUCGUCACUGCUCGGUUACGGCCUCGCUUUCGCGCCGUCCUCAACCCACCCGCCCCGCCUCUUCAAGGGCAUCAACGCGUCGCAGGCCGACAUCAACGCACUUUGGGCUGCCCCGGCUUCUGGCGAAUGGGUUUUCGAGAUUCGAGAGGGUGGGCCCACCUCGCUCCGCAGCCUUACGCCCUCCGACCUCAGUCUCUUCGGUCAACUUGCGCUCGUCGGAUACUCCGCUUGCCCAGAUGAGCGUAGCCGCGGCGGCGAAGUCGUCUUCUACUUCGACCGAGCGCCCAUGUCGAGGACGAUGCGCGAAUUCUGGGACUGGAAACCCGGAUUCGGCAAGCGCAGGACUGGUCCGGUAGAGGCUGGCCCUCUAAUCGCCGUCUACGAUGAGCUCGACGUUGCGCGUGGCAACAAGGGCGCGGCGCUCUCGACACCCCCAAUGUUCGUUGCCAGCACACGCAAAUUCUGCCUCUCUGGUGCGCAGUGGGCAAGAGCCAAGGAGAAGUACGGGCCAGGAAAGCUCAGACUCGUCAUGAUCUACGCAUCUGGAGAAGUCUCGAGGUACAUCCACUCCUCGGAAGCUGAGGUGCGCAGCGUCCUGCCUGGUCCCUUCAUCGCGCCCUACACGACGGGCAGGGAUCUGUGGGUGCGCAUCGACGGGACGGGUGUCAAGAGGUCCAGCCAGCUCCGCCUGUGGGUCAGCGGCGAUGGGGUGACGUGGCAGGAGAAGUGGGACUUUGGCCCACAGUCUGCUGCAAGGCGCGUGCUGCACGACGCCGUCCAAUGCUCGCGGGCGGCAUCCGAGGCGAGGACCAACGGAGGUGGCCUGUGGGCAGACGGCGUGCGGGCCGCGGACAUGUGGUGGGAUGGAGAUUAG